AUGUAUAGUCUUUAAAAUGGAAAACAAAUGAAAGAGAUAUCAGGUGUUAUGAAGUUUAGCUCAAUUUUUUUCAAAGACAACUAUAUUCAAAUUCAUUCUGAAUAGGGUACAAACAUUUUAUUUUUCAAGAAUAAAAACGUUGACAAAAUCAUUCAGAUUUAAUAAAUCCACAAUUUUAACAAUCAAGAAAUGAUUGAAAGUUAUUAAAGAGGAUUUAAUCAAAAGUCUUGCUCUGUUUUUAAAAGAAAAGAAUAAGAUUAGAAAGUUGAAGUAUAUACCAUGACCUAAAACAUUAACUCAUUCCAAGAGUUGUUUGGUGAGGAACAUUUAAUAUAACCUGUUUAUCCAGCUUUUCAUUUUGAUCUAGCUUACAAAAUAAUUAUAGAUUCAAGUGCAGUUAAGAUUUAUAUCAAAGGUGAACAGUAAUAAGUUGGAUAUUUUGAUAUAGAUAUUACUGAUCAGACCAUCAAAGAUUUUAGGAUUAUUAUAGGUCAAAGCAAUGAAGAAAUCAUCUUAGAACUGACUUAAAACGUCAAUAAAUACUUAAAAUUUGUUGCUGGAUUUGGAACAGUAUUUGGAUUAUUUUAAAAUAACUUGAUUGCUCUUGAGAUCCUUCUAAAAUAAAAAUGCUUGGUGGGGAAAGCCCAUUGGACUUUUCAAUUAAAAAUCAUCAAUAAAAGAUCAUUAAUCUGA